AUGAUCCAUCUCUGCUUACCCAGGCCUAAAGCCCUUGUUCACCCCAUCCCAGUCUCUCUCAGGGGCCUGGGGGCUGGGGAGGGGUCAGGUGGUCCAGUGUGUCCAUGUGUGUCCCCCUGGGACCCUAGCCCUGCCCGGCUCCUGGACAGUGUCCUAGGGCUGGGGGCGCUGGGGCUGUCAGUUCCGGCAGUCUUUUCCACAAUUGGCCCAGCCUUGCUGCUGCUGCUACUGGUCAGUUUCCUGACCUUUGACCUGCUCCAUGGGCCUGUAGGUCCCACCUGGCCACAGCACACACUUCUCACAAGGGGCCAGAGUCAGGGGGCCGGCGAGGGUCCAGGGCAGCAAGAAGCUUUGCUCCUACCGAUGGUGGCCGUCACGAGACAACUCGGCCUCCAGGAUGCUCUGUUACUGCUGCUCCUGGGCCUGGGGCUGGUCCUGGGAGCCCGCGGUGUGCCCUUGGCCCUGCUGGGCCUGGCUUUCUGCCUCCAUCCUUGGGUGUGA